CCAGCUUCAAUUUUAGCAUCUGGUAUGUUGAACUCAACGGCAUUGAUGAUCCAGAUGUGGUUCAGCCCUGUCUCAAUUGGUAUAGCAAGUAGUACCGUGAACAGGAAGCUAUUCGCCUCUGUUUAAAGCACUUUCGCCAGCACAACUACACAGAAGCAUUUGAGUCCCUGCAGAAGAAAACCAAGAUUGCUCUGGAACAUCCCAUGUUGACGGAUCUUCACGAGAAGUUGGUCUUGAAGGGAGACUUCAACGCUUGUGAAGAGUUGAUAGAAAAAGCUGUGAAUGAUGGUUUGUUCAACCAGUACAUCAGUCAACAGGAGUACAAACCACGGUGGGGUCAGAUAAUUCCCAAAAGCACCAAAGGUGAUGGUGAGGACAGCAGGCCUGGAAUGAGAGGGGGGCAUCAAAUGGUCAUUGAUGUUCAAACAGAAACAGUAUAUUUGUUUGGCGGCUGGGAUGGGACGCAAGACCUGGCGGACUUCUGGGCAUACAGUGUGAAGGAAAAUCAGUGGACGUGUAUAUCCAGAGACACGGAAAAAGAGAAUGGUCCGAGUGCUCGGUCCUGUCACAAGAUGUGCAUUGACAUCCAGCGAAGACAGAUCUACACCUUGGGUCGUUACCUGGAUUCCUCUGUGAGGAACAGCAAAUCUCUGAAAAGCGACUUCUAUCGCUAUGACAUCGACACAAAUACCUGGAUGCUACUGAGUGAGGAUACGGCCGCUGAUGGAGGUCCCAAACUUGUGUUCGACCAUCAGAUGUGCAUGGAUUCAGAGAAACACAUGAUCUAUACCUUUGGGGGAAGGAUUUUGACAUGCAAUGGCAGUGUGGACGAUAGCCGAGCCAGUGAGCCACAGUUCAGUGGCCUCUUUGCUUUUGACUGUCAGUGCCGGAUAUGGAAACUCUUGCGAGAAGACUCGUGUAAUGCUGGCCCUGAAGAUGUCCAGUCCAGAAUAGGACACUGCAUGUUAUUCCAUUCAAAAAAUCGUUGCCUGUAUGUGUUUGGUGGACAAAGAUCAAAAACGUACUUGAAUGAUUUCUUCAGUUAUGAUGUAGACAGCGAUCACGUGGAUAUCAUUUCGGAUGGCACCAAAAAAGACUCAGGGAUGGUUCCAAUGACCGGCUUCACCCAAAGAGCUACCAUUGAUCCGGAACUGAACGAGAUCCACGUGUUGUCUGGACUGAGUAAAGACAAGGAGAAACGGGAAGAGAAUGUUCGGAAUUCCUUCUGGAUUUACGACAUCGUCCGAAACAGCUGGUCAUGUGUCUACAAAAAUGAUCAAGCAGCCAAAGAGAACUCAAACAAAAGCCUUCAAGAAGAGGAGCCCUGUCCACGUUUUGCACACCAGCUUGUGUACGAUGAAUUGCACAAGGUUCAUUAUUUGUUUGGAGGAAAUCCAGGCAAAUCCUGUUCUCCAAAGAUGAGGCUGGACGACUUCUGGUCGUUGAAACUCUGCCGGCCGUCCAAGGAAUACUUGCUUCGCCAUUGCAAGUACUUGAUAAGGAAGCACAGGUUUGAAGAGAAAGCCCAGACAGAUCCCUUAAGUGCCCUGAAAUACUUGCAGAACGACUUGUUUGUCACUGUGGAUCACUCAGAUCCUGAGGAAACGAAGGAGUUCCAGCUACUCGCUUCGGCACUUUUCAAGUCGGGUUCAGAUCUGAGCACAUUGGGGUUUUCAGAUGUUGAUCAUGUCUACGCCCAACGAACUCAGCUCUUUGACACCUUGGUGAACUUCUUUCCCGACAACAUGACCCCUCCCAAAGGCAAUCUGGUGGAGCUCAUCACACUGUGACAAGCCAGUUGCUGGGCACGUGGAAGGAAGAGGAGGACACUCUGGCUUUUCAGUAUUUUUAAUUUUUGUGUGUGUGCGCAGUGAGUGAUUGGGGAACUGCAGAAAUAGAGUAACCUGGUUUGGGGUGGGGCUUUAUGCAUAGGGCUAAUAAAAAGGAAUUGAUAUAUUUCUGAUAGGCUUGGGGAUGGAUGGAUGGAUGGAUGGAUGGAUGGAUAUACAUUCAUUCAUUCGUUCGUUCAUUCAUUCAUUCAUUCUCAUUCACAUUGAUGCUUUUUAAAGAUGAGUGAACAUUGACAUCCAGGGAAAAAAUGGCACGGUUUUCUGAGUUUACAGGCCCCCAGGGUGCAAACUCAGGAGUUUGAGGAUAGGUAAUGCUUUUUUGAGUUGGUUGGUUCACUGCAGUUUUGUCCCCAGACUGAUUUUGCUGAUUCAAGCUUGCUUCUCAGCCUGCUGACCCCCUCCAGUAGCUGAUGCAGGCACCCAUAGAGUGGGUGGCGGGUGUAGAUCAGACCUUUAUUUUUGAACUGCUGUUGGAACUGAAAGGCCGGGCACGAGCUUGGGGGACCGUGCGCCAUCUGGUGGCAUGGGAUGAGAAACAGGAGUCGGAAGGCUCUUAGGCUGACGUUAAGACAGAUGUUGGCACCUGCCAAAAUGGCGACCUCCCACCUUGCGCCUGUGGAGAAGAAGCAACGCUGGCCAGCUUGUUCCACCUGAAGUUUCUCACGCUAGAAAAUGAAACCCCCCUGCACACACACCUUGGUUCCAUUUAUACAUAGGAGUUUAGCAGCACGGAGAAUUUCCAUGCCAAAAGCCUGCUGCUUGUACAGCAGCUUGGGAGUUCAGCAUAGUUCCACCCAUAUUCUCUUUGCAGUGCAAAGACAUUGUAAUUCGGGUUAUGAUCCAUGAGCUCUAGCAAUGGCUUUGGGGCUGUGUGUGAGCACGUGCACAUAUGUGCACGUGUGUGUGUUAGUUGGUUGCUUUGUAACCCAUCCCUCUAACUUCCCUGAUGACUAUUUGCAUGGGAAAGCUUUCCACAUUUAGCCUGGCACAGUUGCACUGGGCUGGAAAAGUGUGGACAACCAAGUCGGUGCACACAAGACCAGAGAGUUUCACCCGGACACAGUCUCCAGCAGGCUACAGUAGUCCUAUCGCUGGGUUGUGCCAUAGCUGUAGUAGUGUGACUAUGGAGGGGAGGGGGCACAGUGUGAUGGAGUUAGCGUUCUUUUAACAUUCAUAGAGGUGGACCUUCUGACACGGGAUUGUAAACCCUCUCCCUCCAUCCUAUGGCAGUUCCUUGUUUCUUCUCCUUUCCAUGGUUGGGUUUCUUGUGCUCUUAGAUGUUGAGGCCAAGAUGUUCAUGGCGGAGAUGCUAUGUAUCUCUCCCCCAACUAAUGGUGUGACUGCCCAACAGAUGUCACUCACAUUGACUGCGGAAGAGAUUCAUCUGCUUUAAGCAGAAUGGUCUUGCUUCUUCUGACCAUAAAAGGGCAUUGUAGUGAACUUCAUCCUCACAAACCUUGUAGGUACGAGUUACGGUGUCCAUUUCCUUUGCAAUAAAUACCAAACACCCCGUUUCCCAAAGAUCUUGUCACCAGGGACCAUGAGGAGAAUAGCAAAAAUUCAACAAGUUCUCAAGUUUUAUCCAGUGUUCCUUAAGUCUUGCACUGAACUUGCUUGCUUUAAUACACACCCCCCAGCGUCCCCCAAAGAACAGGGCCGUUUGCUUCCGUUUGUUUCUCAUUUGGAUCUGUUCUCACGACUGUUUGUAAAAUAAGAAAAUGAAUCAGGAUAUUGAGAUCUCUCUGCUUUAGCUUCAUAAAUUUGGUGGAAAUUAUAUCAUGGAGGAAAGAGUAGCACCUGCGGGGGUACGUGUGAAAAUCUGCAAGGUGGCGAGCACAGUGUUAUAAUAGAAGCCCUGCCCUUUUUGUACAUGUAUUUUCCAUGCACACACAAAAAAGGGCAGGGCUUUGAUCAGGGCCUUGCCUUCCAUCUUGCCGAUUUUCUCAUACACAUACACAUACACAUUCUCUCUCUCUCUCUCUUUUCCCCCCCCCUUGGAAACAAUAUAUAAUUUAUUCCGUUUCCAUGGUAAUAUGAAAUGUCUUAAGCAUAGCAUUUAAAGGUUCCCUCUGGGAAGAAACAUAUUUUAGGCUAGUCAGGGUUCAUAGAUACAAUGAGCUUCUCCCUCUUCAGUGUUAGGGUAGGGCCAAAAAAGAUGGUGUGUUUUUGCCGUUUUGCUGUGUGGUUUGUGUUUUACAGUUUGGGAUGGAAGCUGAGGAGCAAACCACACUGGUAUUGCUCUUGGUUCCUUCCAGAAAAGAAAAAAAGGGCUCUGACCAGAGAUUGGCAUUCAUAAAAUGGUUGAGCGAUCAGGAGUGGGGACCUGUGAACCACCAGGUGCUUUUGAAGGACACCUCCUGGCAUCCCUUCCUGUUGGCUGUGCUGGCUGGGGAAUUCUUUCCCCCCAGCAUCUGGAGGGCUUCAGCUGCCCACCUCUGUUUAAAAGGGGUGACUGAGCUACCCCUCUGAAAUUAUUUCUUAGAACCUCCAGGGGACAGAAGAACAAAAGCCAAGCCAGAUCUGCUCUGGAGAAUCUGGAUUUGGUGGGUUGGCAGAAAUUGGUCUGUGGUGAGCUGGACAUAUGCCAGUACCACCACAGGCCAAGAUUUUGGUGUCCACGCAAACUCCAGAGAACCUCAGGCUUUGUUCUCCUUCCUUUUCCCUAUUCCAGGCUCAGUGAGAAGACUUUUACUCUUGCUUUUGAUUAAUCUCAUUUUGUAAUUUUGUUCAAACCAGUAAUUGUGGUUUACAUAAACCAGUGUCAUAAGCCAUUGUUUGAUGUCGCUUUGCUUUUAAACUAGAAAUUCUGACUCAUUCAGAGGAAACAGGUUGGAAUCCACCAAAUGCAAAAUUUACAUUGCAAAUGGCCUCAUAUCAGAGAUGAAACUUGAAUUCAUGUGAUAAAUCCAUGGUUGAUGAUGACAUUUGAAUGUGGCCAGUAAGUGCGGACUUAAAUAAAAUGAUAUAUGUUUGUAGAAUAGCCAAGUGCCAUCUUUUAAAAAUUACAGUUCUUUUUUUCCCCCCUUUUGUGAGGCACCUAGAUUUUUAAAAGUUUUUUUUUCUAUUUUAAAUGAAUAUGCAGUUGUCAGGUAUGACACAGGUGCCCGUAUUGCAGCUGAACUUCAGUAGAGUCUUAUCAUCAUCUUUAGCCCUCUUUAGAUGAACCAGAAAAAUUUGCCCAGUUUUUCUGAGUAUAGAUAGGACCGUGGUAGUCAGGGUUGACUUUUCCCCCCCUCAAGCUUAUGAUGCAGCCCGUGGGGCUGUUUUGAAUGCAUUGCAUGGACCCAUCUUUUACUCCCAGUAGUUUGCAUGCCUUACUUCAGGACCCCCCUUUUCCCACUGAGUGCAUGUUCAUGUGGGAUGGGACAUGCUAAUUGAAUGAAGGAUAUAAUGAGGCUCCCUUCAAAAUGUUUAUGCUGAGAGAGCACCAGCAUCUCAUAAACACACCUGCCCUUAACCACUAGCUGCAGUCAUCCAAGCCAUUCAGAUGCAGAAGGUAUCAUCCAGGCUUCCAGACCAUGGAUCCAAUAACACUUCAGCUGAAAUCAGACCAAGGUUUGACUUCAGCUUUCCUUAGGCUAGUGCCUUUCAGAUGUGUUGUGGCUACAAGCCUUUUUGGCCAUGCUGAUUGGCAAGCCCAGGGAAAGGCUGAUUAACUUUGUUCACGACAUCCCAUUUUUUAAUAACAACAAGUAAAUUUGUUGUGGAAAUCUUUCCGAGUAGAGCAUGAUGGUGGCAGCCCUUCCUACUUACAAGCUGGUAUUUAAGGCAGGUAGUAGUCCUGUAGGCAUCAAGAAACUCUUCAUCGUUGGAACUUUUCUAUCACCCUUCAGCAGAAGAAGGUGGAAUAGGCUGAUAUUUCCUUUAAUAAUUUGGUCCAGCUAGUGACUUGGCCAUUCAAUCAGUGCAGGACAUUUCUGGCCAAGUAGAUUUCUCUAGAUGUGUUAAAGUCUUGGGCUGGUCAGAAGUAUUAAGAGAUGUAUGAUAUGUGGACUUCAGUGGGGUGAGAGAAUAGACCCCAAAUGAGUGAAGGUUCUCCAAAAAGAUCCUUUUGCCCAAUGUUGGGUCAUUGCCCCCUUUUAUUGCAACUCCUCUUGUGAUACACCCCACAUGCUUCAGGAGGAUCCCCCAAAUCUCAAGAGAGGAGCAUAUCUUGGGGAGGACAGAUUAGAAAGUCCUGCAUGAGAGAGACCAGGAAAUGGGAAGGUGUCCUUGAGUGAGGAUGUCUUUCAACUUCUAGGUCUUAAUCUGAAUUCUCGGAUAUGAUUCUUUAGAAAAGGGAAAGCAGACAAUAAAGGUCAGUUCUGCCUUUAGAAAUCCUGUAUGGCAACUUGCUGAAGCUCUCUGAAGAGGAAGUGUGUCUUUAGCAGCCCCUGAAACCUCACCCAAAGAAGGUCGUCAGAACCUUUUAAAUCACUGUGUAUGACAUUUAAUGAGCUCCUAGAGAAAACCAAGUUCAUUUUCCACCCCAUCUUGUAAUUUUGAUGCAGAUCUAACUGGGCAGUUUGGCAAAGAGGUGGUAACUUCUUGUUAUACCUGUGGGAUCAAUUUCUUCUUGGCACAUUUGGUUUUUGCCCUCCCUUUCCCUAAUCUUAUGCCAUCCAAAGGUGGGCUGGGAAUACUGAUAGUCUUAAAAUACUGAAAGGUGCCAUGCUGAAGAAUGAGCUAUGCCCUUUUAAUGGAACAGUUUUUAGCUCCUUAUGGCGUAGUUCCAGUGUCAAAAAGCCCCACAGAAUUGAUUGGUGUUGACUUGCUGCAUUGGGUCAACCAGGAAAAGAUAUGUUCUUUUGUGUCUUCAAGACAAUGGAAACCGCGCGGCCCAUCACAUUUGAUUGUAGAAGCUCCGAAUAAUUUGACAGGAACAGGGAUGAGUGGUGAAAUCCACCCUCUUAAUUCUCAACUUUCUUUCCCCCAAAUUAAGAUGUCCAGAUUCUCUGGUGAAAGACAUGACAAAGCAAUAUUUAACCUGCUCGUGUGGACGUUGCGCUGGGAGAAAUUACCAGGGCUGGAGUUCAACAGAUUGACUUGGUCAACUUGAUUGUCUUCUCUAAGAGUGAAACAAAAGAAGUAGAGACGUGCCCUGUGAAAUGGUGUGUGUGUGUGUGUGUGUGAGAGAGAGAUUUCCCUGGCCAGGUGCUUUUUGACUGCAAGGGUCUCAGGUUGGAGAAGCAAUCUGAAGGAUCACAAGCGGUAGUGGAAGAUGUGGGAGGUUAACAAUUUUAUUAAAAAAAAAAAGAAUUAAGAAAAAACCUAGCUUAGAGGCAGGGCGAACCAAAGGCAUUUAGUACCAAAGGCACCACAGCUACUUGGUCCCCUCCAGGAUGAGCUAAAAUGGAGUUCGGCCAGAUUGUGCAAAUCAGACUGAAGUGCCCAUUGCCAUUGUGACACAGUGUGCGUGUGGGAUAACCAGUAGUCCCAACAGAAUGUGUUCCAUGGGUUGUCAUCUCCGCUUUUGUCACGAAGCUCCUUCCAGUUCUUGGAUUUGCCAUCCAGUUGCAGCUGGGUGCAGAUCGCCGUGUGAGAUGGCUUUCUCUGCCACGCUCACCCCUAUGGGCAUCUCCAGAUGUUCUUUUCUCCGCCCGCAGCCCUUAACUUUGCUUUCCGCCUCCCAGCCCCUCACUGUUUGGUCGUAUGAUUGUUCUCCCAGGUUGAAGAUGUAUGUAAGAAUGACUCUGGGGUUCGGGGUGGGGAGAGAAGAGCAAUUCCCAAUGUAGAAUUUUGCUGUAUGUAAUGUAUAUACGGAGAGAGAAUGUAUUUUGUUCAUUUUUUUUUCUUAAUAAAAAGAAAUUAUGCCAAA